ACGGCGGCGGAUAUGGCGGCGGUUACGGACAAAGCAAUUACGGCAAUCAGGGCGGAGGUUGGAAUCAAGGCGGUGGUGGUUAUGGCAUGAGAGGCGGCGGCGGAGGUGGCGGUUGGAGCAGUGACUACAGUUCCAACUACGGCAACAGCUACGGCGGCGGUCCCGUUAGGGGCGGCGGUAACUAUUCCCAGAGGGGAAGCGGACCAUACGGUGGAUUUGUGUCAGAAUUACAGUCAAAAUCAGUGAGAAAUGAGACUAAAGAGAGACAAAAAGCAAUUAAAAUGAGAGCUUCAGAUAGAGAUCAGACUGAAGUGAUAGUCAAAUGAAGUCAACGUGAGAGAGAGACAGACACUGAAAUUGCAAUUGAGAUGAGAAGUACUCUAUCAUAGAUUGAAUGCUUAACUUAAUGACAGUAAUCCCCAAGAAUUGAAUAUAUUGUCGACCAGUAAAUCACCAAUACUUUCAUCACUUCAUCUUUUAUUAAUUAUAUAAAUUGAAAUCAUUUAUAAUGACACUAAUUAUCAAACGAUUCGUUUAUUAUAAACAAAACAUACCUUAAAAUGAUUUGCCAUUUGAUUGCAUUUUAUGACCAUUUAAUUGAUUAUUACUAAUUGUAAACUAUUUAUCAUUCAAACAUUAAUUGACAUAAUUUUGCACAUCAACUCAAACACAAUUCUAACUAUACUUUACUUUUAUUAUUAUUAUUAUUACUAUUAUUAUUAUUACGAUAACUAUAUCUAUAAUUAAUAUGAAUAACUAUAUAGUAAUCAUUCGUGAGUUAAUUUUGACAAUUUGAAUCAUUUGUAUCAAUCGACGUCUUCUGUAAAACAUAAAUACAACAAUUAUUUAGUGUUUUUUUGAGUCUUAAACUAAAAUUAUUUACAAUUCGAUGUAUUUUUUAAAAUAAUCAUUAGUUUAUAUUUUAAAUUCAUUUUGAAAUGUCUGUAGACAUAGACUAUAGGAAUAAAUACCGAAAAAAUUUACACUAAAUACCGAAUUUAGGGAUUUUUUCUAUUCGUUUGGAUUUAUAGAAGAUUAACAAAUAAUAGUUGAAUAAAUGCUUAAUAAUGAAACCACAGGUGAGGGCUGAUAGCUGUUUGAGUGCUAUAUUCCGUCGUUUUUCCAUA